UGAUUACCAGUUUGCCUGGUGUGUAGAUGAAUAAUAAAUACGUCCCUUUUAAAAGGAUUUGAUAGCACCAUGACGGAAUGAAACCAUAUCCAGUAAACCCAGCCAUACUACCUGGUAGGGCGAGCGCCCGGCGUAGUAUGACACGCCCUCCACCGGAUUGGCCCCGCCCCCUCCUCGCAUAUCCGCAUUUUCCGUCCUUCCUCCAUUGGCUCGCGUGUUCCCUGACCGGAAGUCGUCUUAUUUUUGUUAUCCAAGAUGGCGGCGGGAAUGUAUUUAGAACACUACUUGGACAGUAUAGAAAAUCUGCCAUUUGAACUGCAGAGGAAUUUCCAGUUAAUGAGGGACCUGGACCAGCGGACAGAGGACCUGAAGGAGCAGAUUGACUCUAUGGCACGUGAGUACACUGCCAAUGCGCGGACUCUGUCUUCAGAGCAGAAGGUGUCACUCCUGCGGCAAAUCCAACAGUCCUACAGCAAGUGCAAGGAGUUUGGAGAUGACAAAGUGCAACUGGCCAUGCAGACCUACGAGAUGGUUGACAAACAUAUCCGGAGGCUGGACACGGAUCUGGCUCGCUUUGAGGCUGAUUUGAAGGAGAAACAAAUUGAGAGCACUGACUAUGACUCCACCUCCAGCAAGGGCAAAAAGAGUGAACCAAGGGGCCCCAAAGAGAAGAAAGUGGCUCGAACUCGGUCAAAAGUGAAGAACCCAGAAGAGGAUGGAAGCCCAAAGAAUGGACAAAAGAAAGUCAAACUUAAUCACACGGGGGAGUUCAGUGCACCAUCUGUGAAUUUUGGGAACGUCCAUCCCUCCGAUGUGCUGGACAUGCCAGUGGAUCCAAACGAACCCACAUAUUGUCUGUGCCACCAGGUCUCCUACGGGGAGAUGAUUGGCUGCGAUAACACAGAUUGUUCCAUUGAGUGGUUCCACUUUGCUUGUGUGGGAUUGACAACUAAGCCAAGAGGCAAAUGGUACUGUCCACGGUGCUCUCAAGAAAGAAAAAAGAAGUGACUGAGGUAGAAGCACUCAUUCAGAGGAGGAGUGGAGAGAGAAAGAGAGGGGAGGAGGGGACAGUGUAUGUGCUCCCUCUUCUCACUCAAGUAAUGAUAGGAUCUCCUUUUCCCUCUCUGCAGUAUUUGGUGCUUUUUUUUGUUCUCCUAAUCCCUGUCUCUGGCACAGGGAAGGAAAGUUGCAGGUGUUACUACAGCUGUAUUUUCAGUUUAAGCAUUGUUUUCAGUGACUAUUUUGUUGACGGUUGUGAUUUUUUUUUUUAACUGAGUUAAAAAAACUUAAAUAUAAACAGCAUUAAUCCAGCACUUUCCCCUUGACUGGAAUGUUUAUUAUACUGUACUCUAUCAUAUUGUGUUCUGUUAUUCCAUAUUAUAUUAAACAUCUUGUGUACUGCAUCAA